UGUAACAGACAUGGACUUAUCUAUUUCCUUCAAAGGCACACGUUCAGGUUAUAAUAAUACCUCACCAAAGACAACUGAAACCGUAGUAAUGUGUCGGUUGAUCGUUUUAUUGGCGGGACUUUUGACAUUCGUCAGUGGACAUCCUCCACCUGACCAUGAUACCGGAUGUGACGUAACAGUUAUCCGCCUGGAAAAGAUGCUGACUGACCUAACAAGACGCGUCCAUGACCUUGAGAAUCAAAGACAAGCGGACGUAAUGGAGAUAACAAAUUUUCGGCAAGAUAUGGAGAAGGUCAAAACCGAGAAUCGUCAACUUAAAACUGAACUUGAUCACAUGAUUACUACGAAGUGCGAUAGACAGCCCCAGAACCCUGGCAGGAGAGUAGACAUACAGCAACACAACUCUGGCUCCAACAACUCACAGUCACCAACCUUUGACUCGAAAAUGGACGCGGAACCAAGUAUCAAUGAUACAAAAACUGACGCGCAGCCAUCAACAUUUGAGAUAAAAACCGGGAAAAACAAAAUUGUAAAAGAGCAAACAGUUAAUGUCGACGACACCGGAGGAACCACACAGGAAGUCCGAAUCAGAAGAGAUGACCUUCAUCUGACAAACCGAGUCGUAUCAAGUGAAACUGUAGCCUUCUUCUCAACUGUAAACCAUGAGUUGUUCGACGUCGGUAAAGAACAAAUUAUUCAAUUUGGAAACGUCGUCACCAACAAUGGCGGUCACUACAACGAACAAUCCGGGGUUUUUACAUGUGGUACACAGGGAACCUAUGUUUUUUCCUGGACGUUGUAUGUGUCAGAUGACAGUCACAUUGAUAGCGAACUGGUCAAGAAUGGAAACGCUUUCGCUUACUCCCGUGCAGGUGACGCAAACUAUUACGAAGCGUCGAGCACCACCGCUGUGGUAAACCUCAGUCCUGGAGACAUGGUGUGGACGAGAGUUAAGGAUCGGUCACCUGGUGCCGAUAUAAGGGCUUCUGUGUCAAUGUUUUGCGGCUUCAAAAUUUGAUAGUAUGUUUCACAUUUUUGAAAAUUAUAUG